CRCAGCAAGGAGCAGAUAUUUGUGGGUGAGAAGCUUGUACUGCAGCUGAAUAAAACUGGGACUGAAGCCUGAAGGAUGGCAGCAAAUCCUUCAGGACAAGGUUUUCAGAAUAAGAACAGAGUUGCAAUCCUGGCAGAACUAGACAAGGAAAAGAGAAAGUUACUUAUGCAAAACCAGUCUUCCACAAAUCACCCUGGAGCCAGCAUUGCGCUUGCAAGAUCACCGCUGAACAAGGACUUCCGUGAUCACGCGGAGCAGCAGCACAUUGCUGCACAGCAGAAGGCUGCACUGCAGCAUGCACAUGCACAUUCAUCGGGAUACUUCAUAACUCAAGACUCUGCCUUUGGAAAUCUUAUUCUUCCUGUCUUACCUCGACUUGAGGCAGAAUGAGAAACGGUAUAUCUCAGAACUGCAAGGUCUGAUUUCUGUCUAAAGCAGGAACUGUCAUCUCUGAAAGAUGUUAUAAAUGGAUUGUCAAAGGAGCUACAGACUUGGUUUCAAGAAAAUGUUCUGAUUUUGUAAUUUCUUUACCUUUGUAUAUUAAAUCCUGUUUUGUUCAGGAUUCAUGUGAUUACCCUCUUGGGGGAAUCAGAUGCAAUAAUGAAAACUAGUGUUGCUGAGUGCAGAAUUUAUUUUGUCUUGUAUUUUUUUUCCUCUCUCGCACAAAGUCAGACAAAAGACUAGAGGCACAGUGUGUAAAGUACGUAGUGAUUGUUCUUCUCAUCCCCGUUUCUGUCCUUUAAGUAGAGUCAUUUCAAACCAGAAUCAUCAAGAGAUGUGCUUUUCUUCAGCAUUUGUGUGCCUUAUUAUUUUGUCUGGGUACUGUAUUUGGCUUUAAUUAAAGAUGACAAAGUCACUUUUGCCCAUCAAAACAAAGACGUGGAUUUAUUGAAAUUAUCUGUUAUUAGCUGUUUUGUUCUGUUUUGUGCAGGAGGGUUGCUGGUACAUGCUACUGUCAAAGCAAUAUCCUGUAUUCUGAAGUUCUCAGAUGUCCUCAGUAUAUCUGCCUCUAAUUUUGUUUUGUGAACUAGAAAUGAAUGCARGUCACCAAGGUAGAGGAAAAGCAUGAUUUGUUUCAAACCAUUCUUUCAGGGACAAAACAAAGAAGCCUGCUACUUCUCUUGGCUUUUCAGAUGGAAAGUGUCUGCAAAGACAAUUCAGUUCAAAAGAUCARCUUUCUACUGAUGUCCUUUUCAAAACUUUGAGUGUCUUUCAUGCUUGUUUCCUCUUCUCUGUGCUGUUUUCAACUGGAGUAAGCAAUUGUAGUUCUGCAUUAAAAGCAAAAUAAUUCACCUUAAGAUGAGCAUAUUUAGUAUGUGUAUCAAGUAGCKUUUAAUUAAAAAGAAAAAACUCUUGUGUAGGUAGGUAUUAGUAUUUCUGUACAACAUCCAUAGCUGUCAUACCUUCAGAAGUACAGUUACACUACUACCAUUACAUUGAUUGGUUUUGAAACCAACAGAGAUGGAAUUUAAGAAAAAAGAACAAGAAAACUUUGAUGAAGAGCAGAAAUCAGGAAGUAUGUGAUAAAUUGCUUCCUGCCAGACUUUGCUGUCUCUGUUGAACUCUUUUUGCAAUCCUGAAAACACAGUUUCAGAAGAGUGAGCGCUGUGUAAUGAGUAUAGGAAGCAGU